CAAUGAUAACGACUCCGAUGGAGACAGGACACUUUUAGCCAACUCCGAGAGACUUUUUUACCAGAAUAUCGUCCCCACUGCCAUAGCAACCCCCUCCCCACGCUCUUUCAACAAAUGAAAAAGUUUGAGGAAAUGGACGUACACUUUCGCGGAUCCGGUUUAACUGUACACGAUCAAUUAUUUUGUUUAAGUAUCACGAGUACGAAUUCCAUAGAGAAAUCCUUUAGAUGACGGUUGUCACCUAAAUGGUAUUUUUUAUUUGUACAUAGACCUUUGUUUAAAAAAUAUCUGAUCGCGGAAUCUAUCAAAUAAAAUUACAGUAACGACAAUAAAAAAUAUUAAAAUGUGCUCUACUAAGUAAAUAUUCGCGUUGGGUGUCUUUCUGCACACGUUUGUUAUUCACGCAAUUAUCGCUUAGAUACCGAAAAAUAAUAUUUAUUUAAUCUCGUGUCGAAAACGGAUUGACGUCGAUAGCUAUUUGCAUCAGUACAACACUGAAAUGAUCGACGUACAAAUAUUUCUAAGUUUGAUAUUUGUCUUCACACCCACCACGUGUUUCUUCGGCGGCAAUCGCGAUUUAGCCAAUUCUGGUGGAGUAAGUGGUGCAGCAACUGAAAAAUCCGAUGUCGCCUUAAAUGAAACUUUUACAAAAGAACACAAAUUGAAUGCGUCAUUAAUGUCGACCGCUGUCGUUCUACUUGACAAUUUCAAAACUGAUGGUGAAAAUCUCAACAGCAGUGGUACGUGCAGAAAAUAUUGGAAGUCUUCGUGUUUGGGUUUAAUUGUCAUUAUUGUAGCCGUGGUCUUGUUAAUACUGUUCGCUCUUCACUAUUUUUAUGGUUUAAAUGCGUAUUUCACAAAAAAUCCUUUUAAAAAUAAUUGUAAUCAAGAAGCCGAUUGUUUAUUACGCAACAAAUAUAAUUCAGAGCAAUAAUAUCGUACUGAACUAGUAUGACCGAUUGUAUAUGAAUUUUUUUUUUUUGUAAUAUUUUAUUCGCUCGUUAAAUAUUUUUUUACGUUCAAGACAAUUUUUAAUGAUCAUAAAUCUGGUACUGAGUUUUUUAAAGAUAAUUGUUUGAAAAUUAAUAUAGACCUUUUUCA